GUCGUGCACGGAGAUUUUGAUUUUCGCGAUUGACUGGUCAUGCAGGCGUUUACCAGUCCAUACGUGUGCCCGUAUUUUACAUGCUCAUCCCCGUAUUGCCUGGCGUUGAGAAGCAGUGCUGUGGCAUCGAGUUUAGCGAUGAACCGACCACCUCCGAGUCCAAACCAGCCCGGAAUAUCUUCAUUUACGAUUUCAUCCAUUCUAUCUCGCUCAGAUGAGUCGCCGACUAAACCAGCCAGAUCCGAAGAAACAACGGUAGCUAAAUGUUCGUCUGAAGGGAACAUAAGCUCGCAGUUUGUUCCCAGUUACUCUUCACAUGUCUCAAUUGAAAGAUUUCAUCCCUACCAUCGACCUCUGACAGCUAGUGCUUUUGCGCGAACAACUUGCGGUAGUUUGCAAAAAGGUAAGUUGUGCCUUUAGGGGUUUCACCAGUUAGUUCUUACUCUUAACUUUGCAAUUUAUCGAUUUCUUGAGAUUUAAACAGUAAUUUCCACAUUGUGAUGAAUUAAAUAUUUUGCUUUAGAAAUACACUUUAUUUCGAAGAUCCUCAAUAAAUCAGUCCAUAUCUAUCUAACCAUUAAUAAAUUCCUUUCACUUUAUCACUCAACGAAACUCAGAUUUUCGUACCUAGUCUUACUUCCUGCUAAAUAAAAUCUAAUUCUUUUAUAAACUGCUUGCGCACGGAAAUUUGGUUAGUUUAGGUUGCGUUUUCCUGUUUAUUAUGUGUUUAUGACUUUUAAGUGUUGGUGUUAAAAUACCUAACAAUACUUCUCUCUUUACGUAAGUGAGAGGACAUGCUUGCCUUAAAUCAGGCUCUUCCUGAUUCAGUUUUUUAGAAAACUGCCAGGGACUUCGCGCUGAAACCGUUCAAUGCAUUUGGUAAAAAAAAAUUAAAGACGCAUAAUUUUUCCUGAAGAGACUUUGAUUUCUGAAACAAAAUUUGUAUCACUUUAGUUUUUUCUUGACUCUGAAAAAAGAGACGGUUAAAAAGAAUACUUUUUGUUCUUUUGUUUAAAGCGAGGGUAAUCACUGUAGCAAGAUUUUUCCCAUGCGAAACCUCAUUUAAUUGCUUUUUUACAAAUUGUCUCAUUCAAUAACAUAAAGCUCUCAUCAUGUGAAACUAGGUAAUUAAAAUUUUCAAUGUUCUAAACUGAGACAACGCUUUCUUUGAUAAAGUCCUCAGUACAGUUUAAAGACUGAAAGACCAAGUAUUUCUAUUCAUGCGAUAAGAUCGGUAUAAGCUACAAAGGCGAAAUAACAAGAACGAUAGACGCCCUCUUGUACAGUAUCUUUUUCAUGCUAAUUUGCGGGUCAUGCCAUUUAUUGCAGAAGGAGAAGCAAUUCUUUCAGUUGUACACCAUGAAGAAAACAAGGCGUGGAAUUUCAAGCAAGGAAAACCGAAGAGAAUUCGUACGAUUUUCACGCCAGAACAACUCGAGCGAUUGGAAAAAGAGUUUGACAGGCAGCAAUACAUGGUCGGAGCCGAGAGACAUUAUCUCGCCGCUUCGCUAAAUCUCACUGAAACGCAAGUGAAAGUCUGGUUUCAGAACAGAAGAAUUAAAUGGAGAAAACAAAAAAUGGACCGGCCCAACUCCAGCUAAGACAUCAAAUAUGAAACAAAGGAAAAACUUUGAUAUGCUUACGAGAGAUGAAAGUCGCGAACAUCCGAUGGGCCUCAAUCCAUGGUAUUUAAAAUUGAAAAAAAGAAAAGAAAAGAAAAGAUGUGUAACUGUACUCAAAGGUGUUUUGACAAUGAACAUAUUCACACAAUUUUAUCGCGAAACUGUAUACAUUUCAAAACUGAACUAGCAGACUUAGAAACACACCUCUGGUUAGUUCAUUAAAGACAUAAUUUGGUAAAUUCUGUAUCCCGAAAAUCGAUAACUUUUGCAGCCAGAUGGCAAAUGUAGAUCUUGUACACACAAGGCAGCAAAAUCGAGCAUUGCCUUCUCUUCCGUAAAGAAUAAUGAUUUAUCGACUCUUCGUUUAGUUUUGAUUGAAAAUUUGAGAAUAUGACUCGAAUAUGGAAAGACUUAUCUGUUUAAUUUUUUCUUUCUUUCCAGAAGGCCCGAAAAUGGUCUUAGUUUGAAAUUGUAAAUAUUCAAUUGUAUAAAAAAUUAAUAAAUCGAGGAUUUCUCACUAAUAAGUCGAAGUAGUUAGGGGAAUCAUACAUUGUACAUGUACAUUCACAGAUUUCGAGUGAAAAGAAAAAAAUUUGCUUGUAUUAUAAAAUUGAAAACUUUUUGCCAUCUCUGCGAAGUAGUUUACGGACUGAAAAAUUAAUUAAGUGCCCUAGGAGGCUUAAAGUAUUAAUUCAAGAGCUCAUCCGGCCACAACAAACUCUGGCUUUGCGUUCGAAGCUUUAACUCGCCGGAAUAAAGCCACAUAAUGAAGAAUUAAAAGCAAUUAGACUUUCAAAAGAAGCCUCUGGCAACCGAGGUGGCGCAGGAAAAAUGUGAGUUGAAAAGAGAUAGAAAACAAAGCGCUCUGUCAGGUUAGAUUUAAAGCUCGGUUUGAUUGUGAUAAUGGAAGCA